AUGGAGAAGGCAGUUCACUCAUCUACGACGUCUGGACCGGAGGUUCCAGGGGAGGCAACGAAAACCGGCACCUCCAUAAUCGACACCGCCACCUCUGCUGUCCAAAGUUUUGCUCCGGUUAACCAAAUCCAUCAACAUCUCUGCGCGUUCCAUUUCUAUGCUCACGACAUGACACGACAAGUGGAGGCUCACCAUUUCUGCAGUCACGUGAACGAAGAGAUGCGUCAAUGUCUGAUCUACGACGGUCCGGAUGCAAACGCUCGUCUGAUUGGAUUGGAGUAUAUCGUAACAGAGAAGUUGUUCAUGACUUUGCCCGACGAGGAGAAGAAACUUUGGCACACGCACGAGUGGGAAGUGAAAGGAGGGUUCUUGUUCAUGCCUGGGGUUCCUGGUCCCAUUCAGCGUAAGGAUCUUGACAAAGUUUCUAAGACUUAUGGCAAAGUUUUCCACUUUUGGCAAGUUGAUUUGGGCCAUGAUCUUCCCAUUGGUUUACCUAAUGUCAUGAUGGCCGUUACCCGCGAUGGUCAACUUUUCCAUGAAAUGAUUCAAGAGACAGAGAAGCGGUUUGGGGUUUCGAUAGAGGGAGAGAGGGAGGCAAGGGCGUACAUGACGGGGCCAGAGCUGGGAAUCCAUCCAUUGGCGAAUGGAGGAGGCAAAGGGCUAAAACUGGAGUUGCGAGAGGUCGAUAUCAAGCCGGUUUGA